UCCUUCUCCGGGUCAACGAUGGUCUGCUUGCCGCCCAUGGUGUAUAGGAAAAACCGAGAUACCUCUAGAGUAACGAAAUGAAGUGAAGGAGAGCAGUGGAGAGCCGGGCGACACCUCUGCCUGUUUAUAUGCCCCCAUGUGAAGCUGCAGCAGUGCCGUGUUUGGGGAGGCGUCUACGCUCAAUGCUAAGGAUGCCCAGCAAAAAAAGAACAAAAGAAGCAGUUGGUUGUCACGACGCUUUUUUUUUUGCUGCAGACACAUUUGGGGGGAGAGGGCCACAACAGUUCCUCAGUGCCUCACUCCCUCUGCCCCGUUCGCUGCCAGGAAAGCCUGCGCCAAUCUGCACCGAUCUUCCCCAAUUGGCUGCUCCGGACAAACUUUGUGACUUUUGCAAAUAUCAAUUAGGAUCUCCAUCCGUGGUCCCGAGAUUUUGUGUUACUUUUCGGCCAGUCACAGCGCAAUAUGGAGUCUGGCAUUCCGCAGGGCUGUAUUCCGGUAAGCAAGCUCGGCUUAACGGCCAACAUCCCUCUAGCCACAAACAUCUGUGGAAUUGCCUGGAUGGCAUUCAGCAACGUGGGCCACGAGCAAAUGAGGGAACCAGCAGAGGGGAACAAUAGCUUCAUAUACCGGGACUAAGCACUGCAGGUAACUUCUGCAAGACACGGUCAGCAGACAUCUCUGGGAAUUGCAGAUAUAUGCAGUAGCAAGGUCAGAUGAGAGGUACUGAAAUUAAGAUUCCAUAUAGAUGAACUGCACUACUGUGCCAAAGCCCCCAUUGGGUCCCACGGCGGCAGAACCACCGCAUCCUGGUCAAGCACAUCCAGGAUCUCC